AGCAGCAGGCAGAGGGAAAGGAGAAGCAGGUUCCCUGCUGAGUUCCCUUCUUCCCUAGUAGAAGAGCCACCGCCCGCGAGCCUAGAGCCAGCGAGGGUUGGAGGGCCGCCAGGGCGCGUCCCGAAGCCCGACGCCGAGCUCGCCACCUCGGUUCUCGCUGCGCAGAGGGAUGCUAGCAGGGCCCACCGAGCCGGCGACUUGGGAUUCAGAACGUUAAGUAGCUCAAGCAACCGGCAGUAAGCGCCAGCCAGAGAGGAAGAGGCAACCCACACCAGCGCAGGGAGGGCGCUGUCCGCACGUACAGACGGCGCCGGGCGCGGGGCUGGCGCAGCGCGGCCGCAAGGGAGCCCCGCCGUGUCGUAAAAGGGCCGUACGUGAGCGCAGCUCUGGAGGACGGUGGGGUCCCAUCUCGGACGCCGUGUCUGCGGUGCGGAGUGGGGCCAGCCUGUUGCUCGUCACGGCGAGUUCGGCCCACGGGUCCGCGUUCGCUGCCGGCCUACCGGCCUCUCAGAGGCGGUGACCGGGCCGCGGGGGCGGGGGCGGCGCGAUGCGAACGGCGGAAGCGGACGAGCGGCGGGAGCCCGAGCGGCCUCGUGGCCGCACCCCAAGCCCCGUGCGCCCGGACGUCGCCGCCCUCGAGCGCGAGCACGUGCGCGCGCACCUGCGGGCCCGCCGGACGCUGCUGGAGGUGGCGAACCUGCUGGACGAGCUGCAGAGCGAGGUGGACACCUCGGCCGAGGGUGUCCGGGGCCCCGGCCGCUGUGUGGCCGGCGAAGCGGAGGAGCGGGUGCUGCAGCUGUGCGAGAAGGCGGAGAGGAAGGCCGCCGAGGCCGCGCUGGUGGGGCGGAGGAUCGUAGAGCUCCACCGGCAGAUAGACCGCUGCGGGUGCUCCUGAAGGACGCGGGGGCGGUUCCGAAGUAUACUCUUGUGCCUUGCUGCUUUUUUUUAUGCUUCCUGGAAUCUGGGGAUGCCUGGAAGAGGCUUGAGGUCAGAGUUCUGCAAGACAGAAGACACUGCCAGGUUGCAGCUGCUGAAAGGAGAGCCCAGACCGGCCAAGGAUGUGGAUGCCGCUGCUUUGGAUCAGAUUGAGAAGCCCCUGGAGGGUUGUUGGGCAUGAAGAGCCGUGGCGUCUGCAUUUUCGGAUUCUGUAGUCUGUCAGAUCGCAGGAGGAGAGUUGUGUUCUUUUCAUUUUUGCUUGCUUGUUUCUUUUUUUCAGAAAUGUAAUUUUUCUGUGGCAUGUUAACUGGUGCACAUCUUGUAACCUGUCUGGUGAGUAACCUAGAAUAAGGGAUGAGUUCUAGGUGCUGUGUGUAUUGGCUGACUUUGGGGCACACUUUUUUGAUGUAAUCAUGCAUUUCAGGAGCUUCUCUGCCACAGCUGCCUAUGACAUGUGCAUGGCCUGAAGGGUUUGGGGAGGGGAGCAUGGGUCUGACCCUGGCAGGCCCAGAAUGAUAGCAGGAAGCUUCUUGGUCCUCACAGGUUGAGAUCAGAGCUCUAGCUUUCUUUGAUAAAGUUCAGUUGCCUGGAAAAACAAAUGCUGAAAGCCAGUUUUUAGAACCUUUGUGCAAAUAACCAAAGCCAUUGACUUGGCCAAGAAGAGGUGAGAGGAAUAAAUUCUUUUCAGA